ACCUUCUGCACGAUCUUAUGUCCGUGGCGUGGGGGGUGCCCUCAUCUCGUCGUCGUUGGUGCACCCACUGUAUCUGGUAACUGUGGUGCUUCACUUGUCCGGCUAAGCUAGAUCCGCCUUCCGCCCACCGCUUUGCCUUUCAUCUAGCUUGCCGUCUGACAAAUCAGUCCUUGAAUGAAGGGUAUUUAAAAGCACUCGUUGUCCCCUCAGUGCUGCUUCUGUUACUUAUGGACACGUAAGAAAGUUGAACUCCCUUCCAGCACACAAACUACCCACUACCAAUCAUGCCUGCUAGCGUCACUGUCACAGAAACACAACAAGCUCCAGUUGUUCAGAUCGUCAACGACCUUCCUCUGGAUACCCAGAUUGAGAACUUGAUCCGGGGAACCGACAAGAUCAACAUCACCAGAGCAAAGAACACAAAAGUAUCUUUUGAAACCGGUGCCGAUAAGACCGGUCUGGAACUCCUCCCGGAAUCUACUAGAAAGAGACUCGAGGCUGACGGCAUCGAUGUGUCGAAGGGAUAUCCAGAAGUCCCAGACAGAUCGAAGAUCCCUAUUUUUGUCGAUCAGGCUCAUGCCAUCAGAGACAGCGAUGUUCCAUUUGUUGACAGAGGCAAAAACGCUGAUCCGGAAAAAAAGGCUUUGUUUGGUGCUGCCACUGAGGUUAUCAAUCUCACCAAGAACGUUGGUACAGAGAUUGUUGGCUUGCAAUUGGAAGACUUGACAGACCAGCAGAAAGACGAGUUGGCUCUUCUCAUUGCUGAAAGAGUCGUGGUUUUUUUCAGAGACCAGAAGCUCUCCCCAACGGCCCAACACAAGCUUGGUGACUACUUGGGGAACAUUGAGGUUCACGCCCAGGUCCCUCAAGUUCCAGGUCUUCCAGGCACCAGUGUCAUCUGGGUUGACUACCAGACUAAGAAGGGUAUGGAGUUGAACUUUGCCAACAGCAACUUGUCCAACUGGGAUUCCACCAGAUACCUCAACGUAGGUAACCAAGGCUGGCACACCGAUUUGGUCCACGAGAGACAACCUGCAGGAUACACCCACUUGCACUUGGACGCAAUUCCUUCUGUCGGAAGUGAUACAAUUUGGGCUUCUGGUUAUGGCGCUUACGACAAAUUGAGUGACGAGCUCAAGAAGUUCUUGGACGGUAAGGAGACCGUUUACGUCUCUGCCCACCAAUACCUCGACAGGGACGACCCAUUUGGAGGCCCAAAGAGAAUUGAAAGAGUGCAUCCACUUGUCAGAACCCAUCCUGCUACGGGGUGGAAGUUCUUGUACGUCAACAGAGGAAUGACCAAGAGAAUCGUUGGUUUGUCUCCUGUUGAAAGUGAUAUUAUCCUCAACUACUUGUUUGAUGUUUAUGAAAAGAACGCAGACCUCCAGGUGAGAUUCAAGUGGACCAAUACCAAGCAAGGCUACGGUACCUCUGCUAUCUGGGAUAACAGAGUCUCUCAGCACAGAAACGUUUGGGACCACGAAGGAGCGGAGCCUAGACAUGGUACCAGAGUCACCUCGCUAGCAGAAAAGCCAUUUUUUGAUCCGGAAUCAAAAUCCCAAAGAGAGUCUCUCGGCUUGUACUUGCACAAAUGGGAUUAAAGCUGCGAUUUAUUAUUCCUCCUUGUAAUUGUUUUCCAUUUUACAGUUUUUCCUUAACCUACUAAUGCACCUCUACUUUUUUGUUUAGUCUGCUCUACGCAAUUUACAUUUAUC